AUGUCGGGCACGUGGCGGGCCGCGCGCCCUCUCUCCAGCGUCUGCUCGGCGCUGCUCAGCCGGGCGCCCCGGAGCCACGCUGCGCCGGCGUGCGGGAGAAGAGGCAACCGCGCUUCCCGCUUGGCCAGCGCCUCGGAGGGGGGGCCCUUGACGUCGCUGGCCGGAGAGGUGGAGCAUAGCAGAGGGGGUCGGCCGCCGCCGCCUUUAUUAGCGAGCCGGACAGGUUACGAUGAGAGGACCUGGCGGCAGGGCCGGCGGCGGUGCGCUUUCGCCCUUUCCUGCGCGCCACGCAAGAGCCCCUCGCCCGGGCGAGGCGAGCUCUGCCUCGCCAGCCCCGAGGAGCUGCCUUGCAAAGGAGCGGAGGGUGCUCACCGGGACCGGAGCGCGCUUGCGGCGGGCUGUGCGAAGCGCCAGAGGGACGAUCAGGAAACUCAUUUCGGGAUGAUUCUCCUCUCAUGGUGCUUAAUAGCAGCCGCUCUGGUGCAGCUGAAGACUUCCGCUGAUGAACAAGCUGCUAAAGAAGACGUUAUUCAAACCGAACCAUCAAAACACAAGCUAAAGCAAUAUGUCUUAGCAACCCCAGUCAGCACAAGAGCGGAUGGAAGUUACAUCUCCCAUAAAGUCUCUGCAAGCCAUUCAAGAAGAUCCAUCAGAGAUGUAUCAGCCAGUCCCAAACAGCUGUAUUUUAAUGUGUCUGCAUUUGGAAGGGAAUUCCAUCUCAGACUGAGGCCUAAUACUCAUCUGAUAGCUCCUGGGGCAGCAGUGGAGUGGUAUGAAGACUCUGUGGAACCUGGAAACGGAACUGACGGUGUUAGCCUGGGUCAGAGUGGGAUUGUCACCGACAGGAUAUGGAAAAAGGAACCCUUGUGGACCAACUGUGCUUAUGUUGGCGAUCUUGUGGAUAUCCCAGGAGCGUCAGUCGCUAUUAGCAACUGUGAUGGUCUGGCUGGAAUGAUCAAAGCGGGCGAAGAUGAAUAUUUCAUUGAGCCAUUGGAGAAGGGGAAACACAUGGACGAAGGGAGAGGGAGGACUCAUAUGGUCUAUAGGAGGUCGACCAUUGCACAGGAUCCAGCAGAUCUACUCUCUGACUUCUACAGCAGAGAAUCUGACCUUGGAGGCCUUCACAGCCUCGACUCCAUGUACGCAAGCGUAGAGCGGCGGAUGAAUGAGACACUGAGGCAGCGCAGGCAUGUUGGGGACAAUGACCACAACAUUGAAGUGCUUCUUGGAGUGGAUGACUCCGUUGUCCGAUUCCAUGGCAAAGAACACGUUCAGAACUACCUCCUCACCCUGAUGAAUAUAGUGAAUGAAAUUUACCACGAUGAAUCCCUGGGGGUUCAUAUAAAUGUAGUUCUGGUUCGCAUGAUGAUGUUGGGAUAUACCAAGUCCAUCAGCCUUAUUGAACGAGGAAAUCCAUCCAGGAGCCUGGAGAAUGUUUGCCGCUGGGCAUACCAGCAGCAGAAAGCAGAUCCUAGCCACCCGGAGCACCAUGAUCAUGCCAUAUUUCUAACCAGGCAAGAUUUUGGACCAGCCGGAAUGCAAGGAUAUGCUCCAGUAACAGGCAUGUGCCAUCCCAUCAGAAGCUGCACUCUUAACCAUGAAGAUGGGUUUUCUUCAGCUUUUGUGGUUGCCCAUGAAACUGGCCAUGUGCUGGGAAUGGAACACGAUGGGCAAGGAAACAGGUGUGGCGACGAGACAGCGAUGGGGAGCGUUAUGGCUCCGUUGGUGCAAGCGGCGUUCCAUCGAUAUCACUGGUCCCGGUGCAGUGGCCAGGAACUCAAAAGAUACAUACACUCAUAUGACUGCCUCCUUGAUGAUCCCUUUAAACAUGUUUGGCCCGAGCUUCCUGACCUGCCUGGGAUCAAUUAUUCCAUGGACGAACAGUGUCGUUUUGAUUUUGGAGUGGGCUACAAAAUGUGCACAGCGUUCCGAACUUUUGACCCAUGUAAACAGUUGUGGUGCAGCCAUCCAGACAACCCCUAUUUCUGCAAGACAAAGAAGGGCCCUCCACUCGAUGGGACGGAGUGCGCCCCUAGUAAAUGGUGCUACAAAGGCCAUUGCAUGUGGAAGAACACCAACCAGCUGAAACAAGAUGGCAGCUGGGGAGCCUGGACCAAAUUUGGCUCCUGCUCUAGGACAUGCGGAACCGGCGUUCGCUUCAGAACAAGGCAGUGCAAUAAUCCCAUGCCAGUUAAUGGGGGUCAAGACUGCGCCGGCGUCAACUUUGAGUACCAGCUGUGCAAUAUGGAGGAAUGUCCAAAGCAUUAUGAAGAUUUCCGAGCUCAGCAGUGUCAACAGCGCAACUCACAUUUCGAGUAUCAGAACAGCAAACACCACUGGCUACCCUAUGAGCAUCCUGAUACCACCAAAAGAUGCCAGCUGCAUUGCCAAUCCAGAGAGACGGGAGAUGUUGCUUACAUGAAACAACUGACCCACGAUGGCACUCGCUGCUCGUACAAAGACCCAUUCAGCAUUUGUGUGCGGGGAGAGUGUGUGAAAGUUGGCUGUGACAAGGAAAUUGGGUCCAACAAAGCUGAAGACAAGUGCGGAGUUUGUGGGGGAGACAACUCUCAUUGCCGGACAGUCAAGGGGACCUUCACUCGAACCCCUAAGAAGCUUGGGUACCUUAAGAUGUUUGACAUCCCACCGGGUGCUAGACAUGUGUCUGUCCAAGAAGACGAGGCUUCCCCUCACAUUCUUGCUAUUAAGAACCAGGCAACAGGCCACUAUAUUCUGAAUGGCAAAGGAGAGGGAUCCAGCUCUCGUUCCUUCAUUGAUCACGGCUUAGAGUGGGAGUACCACAUAGAAGAUGACAUUGAAACCCUUCAGACAGAUGGUCCUUUGUAUGAUGCUGUUGUUGUAUUGAUCAUUCCGCGGGACAACGACACACAGUCUAGCCUGGCAUACAGAUAUAUCAUCCACAAGGAUUCUGUGCCCAACGUCAAUAGCAACAAUGUACUUCAAGAGGAGCUGGAUACUUUUGAGUGGGCUUUGAAGAUUUGGUCCCAAUGUACCAAGCCGUGUGGAGGAGGUUUCCAGUAUACUAAGUAUGGGUGCCGCAGGAAGAGUGAUAACAAAAUGGUUCACCGCAGCUUCUGUGAAGCCAGCAAGAAACCAAAGCCCAUUCGUAGGAUGUGCAAUCUUCAGGAAUGUACGCAGCCAUUCUGGGUAUCAGAAGAAUGGGAGCAUUGCACCAAAACCUGCGGGAUGUCCGGUUAUCAGAUCCGAACAGUACGCUGCAUUCAGCUGCUUCAUGACGGUGCAAAUCGCUCGGUCCAUUUCAAGUACUGCAGUGGGGAUCGCCCUGAGAGCCGUCGACCUUGCAACAGAAUGCCGUGCCCUGCUCAGUGGAAAACCUGGCCCUGGAGUACAUGUUCAGUGACCUGUGGUGAAGGAACAGAGUCCAGGCAAGUCUUAUGCCGCACUGGUGACCAAUGCAAUGGAGAAAAGCCAGAAUCUGUGAGGGUUUGCAAGCUCGCUCCCUGUAACGAUGAGCCUUGCCUGGGAGACAAAUCGAUCUUCUGCCAGAUGGAGGUGCUUGCCCGGUACUGCUCCAUCCCAGGCUACAAGAAGUUGUGCUGCGAAUCUUGCAGCAAACGCAGCAGCACUAUCCCACCUCCUUUCCUUAGCGAAGCCGCCGAAACCGAAGAGGACAUGAUAGCCAACCCCGGUGACCUACCCAAGCCUUUGGCUGCUCCGACUUCGUCAGUCGCUCCUCACUCUGAGAGGCAUGACUCUCAGGGCAGGAUGUCCUUGGCAGAAGAAGAUGUGCACGCCCUUAUCCCUCACUCCUACAGCAGGGCCAGAGUUGCCGAUCCACCCCAGCGGAGAGUUCCAAGCCAAGCAAGAAACACGACUUCCAGACUAGCUGCAAUGCCAUUUCAGCUGCUGGUCAAAAGUGAGCAUCUUGUGACCCAAAGUUCCUCGGCCUCACUAGCUGUCGGUCCACGUGCGAUACAGAAUGUCAGUUCAGCUGGCGUUCCUUCUCCACAUAGAACCUCAACGAGAAACGAGAAGCAAGGGGACAGGCGGCCACCUCCAAGGCCUUCCACUGUGGAAAGAUAGAUCAAAGGGGAGGGGGAGAGAUUGCAAAAGGGGAGGGUUUGUCUCCUUGCUUUGUUCGGCGGUGCAUGCAAACCCUUCAAACGCAAGACUUUCCGCAAGUCAAGGACGGAAAAAGGAGGGAAGUAAAAGUGCUGGUUCGCUUUCCAGUGAUCUCCAUCCUUCCCAAAUUCCUUCUCCUCCUCUUUAACUCCUAAUAUCUGGUUACCCCAAAUGCUUUGAAGGGAAGCACCAAUAUCACACGAACGUAAAGGAAGUACAGAAAAACAGCCAGCAGCUGACUGGGUUGGCCCAGACCCCUAAUGUUGCACAUCAGCUGCUUGGGGGGGGGAUAGUAUCAAUUAAAAAGGAAUUAAGAAAAGAAAGUUAAAUGUUGUUUUGGAGGGCGGGGAAGGGGGGCAACCAAGCCAAGGUACCAAAGUUUACACAUCUACAACAUUGGGGUAUUUUUUUAACUGUGGGACAUCCAAGUUCAUUUGAAUUGUUUUGCUAAUUUAUCUCUAUAAACAAAUGCUCGAGUACAGUUCACGUUUGCAGCUGUCGUGUACAUAGGUCUGGUUCGCGCAUCAUGCUGGCAUCCGAGCUUGUAGAGAGGAAAAUGUGGCCAC